AUAAAAAUUAUAAGCCCUAAACGUCUAACUCCCUGUCUUCGUCACGGGCUACCCGCGCUGGGCGCGGGGGCCAAAAACUAGUAUUAGUGUAAAAUGAGAAUCGAGUAUAAGUUAAAAGGGGGGUGCAAUGCAGCAAAUCCAGAGACAGCAGUUUACUAUUGCUUUAUAUAGUUCCGUCUGCAAAUGGUCGGCAGAUAAUCAACACCGCCAAUGGCGGCAAAAUCAGCUCUCAAAAAUCUCUUUCCAUACAAUUGUUCCCUUAAGCUACCACCACCUAAAUUCCCCCUCUUUUUCCGCUCCACCGCCGCCAAAGCCAUCACCCCUGCGGCCGCCGACUUUUCCACACUUGAAUGUAGUAGCAGUAGUAUUUCAAACUCUGCGCAAAAGAAGCAGAAGGCAAAAAAUGCAAAGGUGUUGAAGCAAAAGACCAGUAGCUUUGUGGAGUCGCAAGUGAAGAGGCGGACGCGUUCGGAUAGGGAGAUUGAUGAGGAUAGCUUGUUAAAGUACUAUGGAAAUGAUAAUAGUUGUCCACAUGUUCCUGUUUUGCUUGGUGAAGUCCUGGAUGUCUUUGCUUCCGUGCCUCUCCGCUCUUUCGUUGAUUGUACCCUCGGUGCUGCCGGCCACUCCUCCGCGAUAAUUAAGGCACACCCUGAGAUGAAAUUAUUUCUUGGCCUGGAUGUUGAUCCUGUUGCCCAUGAGAUUGCUCAAGCUAGGAUAAAAGGUGACUUAUACCCGGAUUGUUGCAAGUUUACUUCAGACUUACAAGUAAAGACUUUUGUCAAUAAUUUUAAGAAUAUCAAGUCUGUCCUCCAUGAUAUUGACGAGAAAUUAUUGGUCGAUGGGAUAUUAAUGGACUUGGGGAUGUCAUCCAUGCAGGUGAACAAUGCAGAAAGGGGAUUUAGUGUGCUAAAUAAUGGGCCACUUGAUAUGCGAAUGAAUCCUCAGGCCAGUCUAAAAGCAGAAGACAUUCUAAACUCAUGGCCAGAUGCUGAAGUGGGGAAGGUACUGCAGGAGUAUGGAGAAGAAAGCAAUUGGUACCACAUCCAGAACAAAAUAGUAAAGGCCCGUUUACAUGGUGGUUUGCAUUCUACUGCUGAGCUAGUAGAUCUCAUUCGGAGCUCAGCUUCGAGGACAAGAGGAGGGAGGCAAGGUUGGAUCAAGACAGCAAUAAGAGUGUUUCAAGCUUUAAGAAUUGCAGUGAAUGAUGAACUCAACACGCUACAGGAUUCCAUCCACGCUUGUUUUGAUUCCCUAGCUUCAGGAGGGAGGCUUGCAGUAAUCUCAUUUCACAGUUUGGAGGACAGGAUUGUAAAGCAGACGUUUCUUGAUAUUAUUAAUUGCAAUGGAGGCAAGGAUGAAGUCCAAGAUGGAUGGUCAUGUGAUCCAGCAAAAGUCAUUGUUGACAGAGGUGAAAAAGAAGCAUGGAUCAGACGGAUGAUAUCAGGACAGAUAGGAUCUAUCCUCACAAAAAGACCCAUAACACCUUCUGAAAAGGAGGAGACAUUGAACCCUCGCAGCCGAAGUGCUAAGCUCCGGGUGAUUCAGAAAGGCUAAAGAAAGAUUUGGCCAGCAACUAACAAGAAGACCUUUACAUACACAAGGUCAUGAACCAUCUUUAUCCAGCAAAAAUCGAUUCUGACAGGUGAAAAAGGAGUUUCGAUCAGACAGAUGAUAUCAAGGAAGGAAGGAACUAUGCUCACCAAAAGACCCAUAACACGAGAGAAGUAGGUGAUAUCGAACCCUCACUACCGAAGUGCUAAGUUCCAGUUGAUUUUAGAUGGUUUGAUGAAUGCUUUGACCCAGCAACUUUCAAGAAGAAGAUGUAAGGUCAAGUACCAUGUUAAAAAGGCACCUUCUUCAAUUUGUAACUGCAUUGUUGUGUCAGGGGCCAGCUAAAUUCAGGUCAUCUGAUACCGAGAUGCCUUUUGUAUAUACCGGGAUUUUGGGAGUUUGAUCUUGGGGGUUUGCGUUCACAAUAUCCUCUAUAUGUAAUGUCUUUGGUUUGAUCCUUUCAGAUGUGGGAAUUUAUGUGGAAGUGCCAUUUUACCAUGAAAAAGGGGAGUUCUAAUCUUUGACUAUAGAAAUUUACAUGUAUUUACUUAUAUCGUAUUUCUUAUGGGAAUUGGGCCAGCAGAUGUUUUCAUUGCCACUAGUUGAAAGGAGCAUUUCAUCUGUAACUUCUCAAUCUAGUCCUAUUAUCAAAUCUGGAAUCACCUCAAUAGCUUGUCUAGUGUCAAUUACUUGUAAUGACAAUUUUCAUGUUUGUAAGGCCGUUUUUGUAAUAUUCCCAUCUUACGGCUGCCUUUAUGCAAACAAUUACUUUUAGUACU